AUGUCAAAUGAAACAGCGUCUAUGAGAGAAAUACAACACAACCGACAACUCAUUAUACAAGCUCUAAAUAAGAACACAACAAACUUUUCAAACUAUUCUAAGAUAUCUGAGUCAUUGAAAGAAGGAAACUUAAAACUGACGAUAAACCCAAUGACAGAUGAGUUUCUGUUUCAAGACAGUAAGAACCAUACUGUUUGUAUAAAUCCAACAAAAGGAACUUUAAACGAGAAACCUAUAAAAGAACUUCUUUUGAAAGCAGAUGUUGACAACAAAGCUGACAAAGAGUAUGUCAUUGAAAAAGUUCAAGAAGAACAUGACAGAGCAGAUGCAACAUAUGCAACGAAAGCAGAUGUUGACAACAAAGCUGACAAAGAGUAUGUCAUUGAAAAAGUUCAAGAAGAACAUGACAGAGCAGAUGCAAC